CUCUUGUGUCGUCACAUGCAAACGAAGGAGGUGGUGAGAGGCAUACUGUGCAUAAAAAGAGAGCGGUCUUGUUUCCAGCACCUUGCAUUUCCCUCUGCUUGCCUCAGCAUCUCUGCUACUUCUCAACCAACCACCACCAGAAUGGCCUUCGCUGGAAAAUGGGAAGUCGAGACCCAGGAGGGUUACGAUGACUUUUGCAGGCUGCUUGGUAUCCCAGAAGACAUCAUUGAGAAGGGCCGUGAUUACAAGAUGAUCACAGAAGUCACCCAAGAUGGAAAUACAUUUUCCUGGACACAUGUUUACCCCAAGAAUGCCAUGGUCACCAACAAAUUUACCAUUGGCGAAGAGAGUGACAUGCAGACCAUCGGAGGAAAGAAAUUUAAGGCCACAGUGAACAUGGAGGGUGGCAAGCUGGUCGCAAGCUUCCCUAACUACCGUCAAGUCAGCGAGAUCAGUGGAGGCAAACUCGUCGAGGUCGCAACAGCUGGCACCGUUGUGCUGAAGAGAGUCAGUAGGAAGGUCUAACUAACCUUUGACCUGUUUCACAUCUACAACUAAGAUCUUGGAACUAAAGUAACAAUAAAAUAAGAUUUAUACUAACAUAAA